GCAGAAUUUGCGUCGGCACUCGCUGGCAAUUGUACAAUACAGGAUUUUAACGAACCUGUUGAUUAAAGAGAUCCGCGGGAUGGUAUUAUUCUAGGAGGAAGCAUAGCUGAGAGCGGUAGCAUUUUAUUAUCGAUGCAGAACGCUUACAAUCAACGCUGAUUUCUGCGCCUUGCCUGGCACUCAAUGAUGAAGAAUCUGGACAAACAGAGAGAAAAUACAACAGAAACUAAGAUAUCAGAAACUCGAUCGGGAAAAAUCGACACGGUUAUAUCCGAAGACCGAAUCGGGAAUUACUUCUAUCGUGUUUUAAAUACGCAACCGACAGGCUUGAAGAAAUCCGUGAUGGAAAAUCGUGAUAUGGAGAAACAGUUAAUGGAGAGUAUUGACCAAUUGGAUACCGAACGCAGUCGAAUUAUGAUGAAGUUUGAUAAGGAGCGAGAGGCGAUUCGCGCAAGGUUGAAGGACAUGGCCAUUGGAUCAAAUAGCAAACGUAAUGACAGUAUGAGCGCACCUACAGCGGCAGAUAAACCUGAUGGAUAUGAAGAUACUUCAAUUGAGGAUAUUAACAUCCUAUCGUUGAAAGAUACCAAGGAUGACACGCGGUUAUCAGCUCUUAGACAAAAACUUAAAAGUAAGCAGGCGAAGUCACUGGAAAACCUCUACGUACAGAGAGAGGACUCUGGUAUUGCUCCACUAAUUUUAAACAGGCAUAAAAGUCUAGAAAGUUUAAUGUCAAGUACAUCACAUGAUAAACUACCAUUCCAGAGAGGAAACCAGAUUCCAUUAAAGUUUUCUCCCAGGAAUAGACAGACUCAAAAAGGAGGAAAACUACCUCCAAUUAUGAAAAUGAAUCUUCGGGGAAGCUUCGACCAAUUGGAUUCCAUUAUUGAAUCGGAUGAUGAGAUAGACGUUCCGCGUCGGAGGGCCAUCAGUUUUGGUGCGGUCGAGGGCGGAAUUAAGCGACCACGACGCCGUCUUAUCAUUCCUGAUAUUAUAGUACAGGACUUCGAGGCUCUCGCUCCAGAUGACGAAAAAUCAAGAAGUUUGGACGACGUUCAAAUCUUACCCAAAACCAAUAUUCACAGAAUGGGUACGAAUAAAAUCAAUAUGACAUCUUCGACUUGGCAAAAUGAAAAAGACGACAAUGCAACAAGUACCACCUCGCCGACGUUCAAUAGAAACAGUUCAACUCCCACUCUGCCUCCAAUUAAUGCGAAUUCUGCUAUGGCUGAAAAUGAAUCGAAACGUUCACAUAACACGCAGUUUUCAAAUGAUGAUACAAUAAAAAUGCCACCCUGAGGAAAUCCAGCAAUAUAUCAGGCGUUUGUCUACUUAAAAUUGCUCCCUUGUGAAUCCUCAGACAAAGGCGACGAUUACCCUUUACACGUGGGAGAAUAACUUCAUAUCCACGGAUUGUGAGUUAUUGCUCAGUCGAGAGACAUUCUUCAAACAGUACAUGAUAUGUUGCUUUGUGAAGAUAUGAUGUUAUGCCAGCUGAACGGAAAUGGAUAACGAUUUAUGGACCGUGAUCGAAGAUGGCCGAAGAUUAAAUCUAACCCUUCAAGGAAUUUGAUUGGUUAGGGUUAGAUAUUCGGCCUUCUCCGUA